UGCUGACUUGUUGUUAGGUGUUACAACGUACGGCGCCAUUGUCAUUGCUCUAGCUUGGUUCUCGGCCUUUUUUGUCGCAGAAGCAUGGCCGGCGCCGAUGAAGGAGACGCCGCCGGCGGCUUCUACAGCGACUUCAUGGUGCUGCGGCCGGACAAAGGCGGGUUAUACGACUUCUUCCACCUCCUCUUCUCGUGCAAGGUGGCGGAGAACGCGGCCGUGGACUGUCCCGCCGGCACGGAGAUCGCCGACUGGCGGCGGCGGUGGGCCGUGUUCGUCUCGCUGGUGGCGCAGGUGCUGCUGCUGUGGGCGAAGAAGCCGGUGGCGCUGCUCGGGAGGGUGACCGAGUACUGGAUGAACCUCCUCGACGAGAAUGGCGGCGGCGUCCUCGUGCUCGUCGUCAGAGCUCUGCAAGGAAAGUUGAAAUUUCCGGACAGAUCAUCCCCCACUUACCGCUCCUGCGUUGGACUACUCGACACCAGAGUUGAACUGAACAAGGAAAUUAAGCAUGGGGAUAGCAACUACCACGCUGCUCUAUCGAUCAUGGCUGCCAAGCUAGCCUACGAGAAUGAGCUCGUCAUAAAAAAUGUUGUUGAGAAACAUUGGAAGAUGAAAUUAUUGGCGUGCUACAACUGCUGGAAUGAUUUCCAAGGGGACUACACGACGCAGGCGUUCGUGCUCGCCGACAAGGCGGCCGACGCGAGCCUCGCCGUGGUGGCGUUCAGCGGCACGAGGCCUUUCGACACGGAGCAGUGGUGCGCGGACGUGGACUUCUCGUGGUACGAGAUCCCCGGCUUGGGCAAGAUCCACGGCGGCUUCAUGAAGGCGCUCGGGCUGCAGAGGCACGGCGGCGGCGGCGGCUGGCCGAAGGACCUCGCCGACCAGGGCGCCCGGAGGCCGUUCGCGUACUACGCCAUCCGUGAGACGCUGCGGAGCUUCCUGUCCGGGAACGCCAGCGCCAGGUUCGUCGUGGCGGGGCACAGCCUCGGCGGCGCGCUCGCCGUGCUGUUCCCGGCCAUCCUGGCGCUGCACCGGGAGGAAGGCGUGCUGGCCCGGCUGGAGGGGGUGUACACGUUCGGGCAGCCUCGCGUCGGGGACGAGAGGCUCGGGAGGUUCAUGGCCAGGUACCUGGACAAGCCCAGCAGGUACUUCAGGUUCGUGUACUGCAACGACAUCGUGCCCAGGGUGCCGUACGACGACUCCGCGCUCCAGUUCAGGCACUUCGGGACCUGCCUCUACUUCGACAGCCUCUACCAAGGACGGGUGACGCACGAGGAGCCAAACAAGAACUACUUCUCGCUGCUGACGGUGGCGCCCAAGGUGGUGAACGCGGCGUGGGAGCUCGUCCGAAGCUUCCUCAUCGGCUACAUCGCCGGGCCGGAGUACGCCGAGGGGUGGCUGAUGCGGCUCGCCAGGGUCGCCGGGCUCCUGCUGCCGGGGCUGCCCCCGCACUCGCCGCGGGAUUACGUCAACUCCACCAGGCUCGGAGCACACUCGCUCGGCCCGCUUAGCUAGUGCAAGACUAGACACAAGUGAACAUUCUGUGUAGUUUGGUUUGAACCAAGAGAAACUGAACAUUUUUUUAUCAAAAAAGAACAAGAUAUCAAUUGGACCAUGUUUAAAUUAGACACAAGUAAUCUUUGCUUGGAUUGCAGGCUGCUUACCCACCCACUUGGAUAGGAGUACAUGGGCUGGCCGCCAGCAUGGGCCACCCUGUUGUAACAUAAAUCUCACAUUUAGCUUUUCUUUUUAAAAAAGGGAGCAUGUCCAGGAAAGGUGAAAAGUACCACAGAUUCUCUGAUGCACUUCCACUUUUAUGAUGUUCUAGUUACUCCAUAUCAGAUCCUAUUCUACAUCAUGAUUCAGAUCUAACAUGUUCCCACGGUCGGGACACAAAAUGCAGCCAAACUUUUACAUCCUUGUUGGCUACAAAUGUCAUCUUUCUGUUCUAGUGUUUCUAACAGAACAAAAUGCUACCACACCCCCGCGACGCUACUCGAAUAGAUUAAUUGAAAGACCAAGUACAUAUCGUAAGCAUCAUCUCACAGCUGUCAGUCAAGCAUAGGCAAUUCCUGUAACUGAGGUUGCUGACAAGGACAGGUCUAACCCAAGC